UCGCGACCAUGAAUGUUCCUGAGUGCCCAGUGAAGAAAAGUAAAUCAGUGUAAGUGAAGUUAAAAUAGAUCCAGUUACAGUGAAGUAACAAUCGAGUAGAAAAAGGUUCAGUGAAGGUUUCUUUGACUUGUACCUCCUGACAGUCCGGCGGUGUUUACCUUUUGCUCAUUUGAAAAGCAAUUUCAUUUUUUAACUAAAGAUUUAUACGCCUGAAUUGGAUUCUAAUAUUUUUAGGAAGCCAGUGGUAUGGAGUUCUUUUCACGAUGAAAUGUGCCAGGAAAUCAUGGUUGUUGAUCCCUUCACUGGGACAAAAAAGAGCCCUGUAGCGAGAGGAAAGAAAAGGGAAGAGGUCGCUGAAAACUUGAACCAAAUUGAAGCUGUUUAUUUCACAGUUGACAAAAGGGCAGUUCGAGAUCGCUACAACCUUCUCGCGUGGCUAAAGAACUGAGGAGCAAACUGAAAAAAAGAGAAAAAAAAACAGGUGGAAUUGAAACCGGCAUGAGCAGCAUUGAAGUGGCACUAGAGGAGUUUAGUGUGUUGUUUCUGUAUUCUUGUAUUUUGAUG